AGCGCCCGCCGCCGCCGCCGCCGCCGCCGCCGCCGCCUCGUCCCGCCGUGCGGACCGUGGAGCGGGGUCGCAGCCGCCUGCCCGCCCUGCGGUGGGCCAGGAUGUCGGGCUUCCUGGAGGAACUGCUCGGCGAGAAGCUGGUGACGGGCGGCGGCGAGGAGGUGGACGUGCACUCGCUGGGCGCCCGCGGCAUCUCGCUGCUGGGUCUCUACUUCGGCUGCAGCCUCAGCGCCCCCUGCGCGCAGCUCAGCGCCAGCCUGGCCGCCUUCUACGGGCGCCUGCGGGGGGACGCGGCGGCCGGGCCGGGGCCGGGAGCGGGGGCCGGGGCGGCGGCGGAGCCCGAGCCGCGGCGGCGCCUGGAGAUCGUCUUCGUGUCCUCGGACCAGGACCAGCGGCAGUGGCAGGACUUCGUGCGGGACAUGCCGUGGCUGGCGCUGCCCUACAAGGAGAAGCACAGGAAGCUCAAACUUUGGAACAAAUACCGAAUUUCCAACAUUCCGUCACUCAUAUUCCUCGACGCCACCACUGGGAAGGUUGUGUGCAGGAACGGGCUGCUGGUGAUCCGAGAUGACCCAGAAGGUCUGGAGUUCCCCUGGGGACCGAAACCCUUCAGGGAAGUCAUUGCAGGGCCCUUGCUUAGAAACAACGGGCAGUCCCUGGAGAGCAGCAGCCUGGAGGGGUCUCACGUGGGCGUCUAUUUCUCUGCACAUUGGUGUCCGCCCUGCCGAAGCCUCACCCGGGUCCUGGUGGAAUCCUACCGGAAGAUCAAGGAGGCAGGCCAGAACUUUGAGAUCAUCUUCGUUAGUGCAGACAGGUCAGAGGAGUCCUUCAAACAGUACUUCAGUGAGAUGCCCUGGCUCGCCGUCCCCUACACUGACGAGGCCCGGCGGUCGCGCCUCAACCGGCUGUACGGAAUCCAAGGCAUCCCCACGCUCAUCGUGCUGGACCCGCAGGGCGAGCUGAUCACGCGGCAGGGGCGGGUGGAGGUGCUGAACGACGAGGACUGCCGGGAAUUCCCCUGGCACCCCAAGCCCGUGCUGGAGCUCUCCGACUCCAACGCCGCGCAGCUCAACGAGGGCCCCUGCCUCGUCCUUUUUGUAGAUUCUGAGGAUGACGGAGAGUCCGAGGCGGCCAAGCAGCUGAUUCAGCCGAUAGCUGAGAAAAUCAUUGCCCAGUACAAAGCUAAAGAGGAAGACGCACCACUUCUGUUCUUCGUAGCCGGGGAGGAUGACAUGACUGACUCCCUGCGAGAUUACACCAACCUGCCCGAGGCUGCCCCUUUGCUCACCAUCCUGGACAUGUCAGCCCGGGCCAAGUACGUGAUGGACGUGGAGGAGAUCACCCCCGCCAUUGUGGAGGCCUUUGUGAAUGACUUCCUAGCAGAGAAGCUUAAACCAGAGCCCAUCUAGCGUGGCUGCAGCCUCCUGAGACGUUAUUUAAAACUCAGCCUUCUCCUCCUCCUCCUCCUCCUUCCUUCCGCCUUUGGACUUACCCAGCGUGCCCCGAAUCACACCACCCAAGUGUCCAGCCUCUCUGUGGUGCCUUGUUUCUGCAUUAAACUCCUCAGCCAGCACCCUGGAGUGCGGAAUCAGCAGCGGCAGAAUCCACCGUGUUUGGAGACUCUGUUUGGGAGCAUGGGAUGGCCGAGGGUCCGGCUAGAGUGGGGCUGCAUCACUCUUGCAAAGUCACUAGCUUUUGGUGAAGGAUCUCCCAGGGUGUCUGGGGCAGAGUGAGCGUGGAGGGCCAGUGGGUCCCGCUCGGGCUCUGACUCUGGCCUCAGCACACGCAGAGCCCCGGACGGCCAGAGGGGAACCGCCGGGUGACACCUGCGUGGAGGCUGAGCUGAGAAAGGGCCUUAAGUGACACGGUCUUUCUCGGUCUGAGAGAAAAGCAGCCCACUCAUGUGUUCUCAGGCAGGGGAUCUCCAAAUGCAAAAGGAAGCUUGUAGAGGUUUUUUGGGUGAGAAAAAAAGUGUAGCUAAGGUAAUGGUUCAUAUAGUAACGGCGUAUUUUUACGGAGCUCCCACCUCCUGAUGAGCUUCUCAUUCCUUGCUUUUCUUCCUUGACCCUGAAGUCUCUGCUGCUCAUACAAACAGCCCCCACGACCUUGAAAUUCUGUUAACGAAUCCUUCUCUUUGGACAUCUUCCCAAGAAACUUAGCCCUGAGUCCUAGGAGGAGCAUCUCCGAACCAGCACAGACCUCUGACUCCACCCAGCUGUGUGCCCAAGGCCCCUGAUCUCUGCUGAGGUGCCCACGCCCAUGUUCGAUCACCCCUGCCAUUCCCUUUUAUUUUUUUUUUUUGAGAUGGAGUCUCGCUCUGUCGCCCAGGCUGGAGUGCAGUGGUGCCAUCUCAGCUCACUGCAACCUCCGCCCCCAAGGUUCAAGUGAUUCUCCUGCCACAGCCUCCCAAGUAGCUGGGAUUACAGGCGAGCGCCACCGCACCCAGCUAAUUUUUGUAUUUUUAGUAGAGACGGGGUGUGAAACAUGUUGGCCAGGCUGGUCUCGAACUGCUGACCUCAGGUGAUCCGCCUGCCUCAGCCUCCCAAAGUGCUGGGAUUACAGGCGUGAGCCACUGUGCGCGGCCCCCUUUUCUUUUCAAAGCAGAACUACAAAGAUGAGAAAUUACCAGAAGCCUCGCCUUUUCCUAAGCACCAGCAGAAGGAGCUGUGCCCCGGGAUGGAGUGAGGGUGGAGGGCGCGUCAGCCACGGGUGGGCUUUGUGUCACCUUGUAUCGGCCCAGGUAGGUUGUUGGCCUCUUACUUGGGCUGACCUGACCCCCGAAAGAGAAACAAACAACUCUGUUCUCAGGACCGGGGAUGGACGGCUUCAGCCAAGUGUUUUAGCCUCGCUCACUCAGGUAUCAGGGACUUUAAAGCACCCUGGGCCUUACCCUCGGCCCCACUCAGCACUCUGCCAACCAAGACCAUUGAUUUGGAAAAUCUGGUCCCCACCCACUAAUGAGCUGUUGACACUGUUGUUCCUUGCUGAAUUGGAUUGUUGACUUGUAGUUCAGAGGCGUACAACUAGUUGGCGAUUAGACUUGUUAUGUGAUGUUACCAGCCUGAAAUGCGAUCGCCCAGUAGGAAAUAAAGCAGGCAUCUCUGGACCUCA